CAGACGGGGGAUCUGGAGGACGGACGACUAGGCAGACAGACUCUGCCGGCCGAGUGACAUCUCCUCUCCUGCCGUCGGAUCCAGCCCUGUGUCCAGCCCCCCAGCCAUGGACCCCCCCUCCAACGUGUCGGCCCCCUCCAACGGCUCGCUGGUGGGUGGGCUGCCGGAGGCGGCGGGGCUGAGCCUGCUGGGGGCAGCCGGGGCGGCCGGGAACCUGUACACGCUGGCAGUGGCGCGGGCUGGGGCCGUCCCCUCCCCGCUUCACGUCCACAUCGUCCACCUGGCGCUGGCCGACCUGCUGUACCUGGCCGGGGUGCCCUUCGUCGUGCACAACGGGCUGGCGCGGGACUGGUGCUUCGGCGAGGCCGGCUGCCGGGCCCUGCUCAGCCUGGACCUGCUCACCAUGCACGCCAGCAUCUUUCUGCUCACCCUGCUGAGCACCGAGCGGUGCCGGGCCGUGCGGCGCCCCUUCCGGGCCGCCCGCCGCUCCCCCGCCCGCCGCCAGGCCCUGGCCGGGGCCGCCUGGGCCUCCGCCUUCGCCCUGGCGCUGCCCAUGAUGCUGAUGGUGCGGCAGGAGGAGCGGGCGGCGGACGACGGCCGGGUGCGGCGGCUCUGCGUGCCCACCUGGCACGAGGCCCAGUACAAAACCUACCUGACCGUGCUCUUUGGCACCAGCAUGGUGGGGCCUGGGCUGGCACUCGGGUACCUCUACGGGCGGCUGGCGUGGGCCUACUGGCUCUCGCAGAGCCAGGGGGUGCUGGGCCCCCGGCGGGGGCCGAAGCAACGGGUCUUCCUCCUAAUUUUCCUCAUCGUCGUGGCCUUCUGGGCCUGCUUCCUGCCCUUCUGGCUCUGGCAGCUGGUGCCUCUCUACAGCCCAGGCACUGCUGCCCGCCUGCCCGUGGCCACCGAGAUCUACAUCAACCACCUGGUCACCUGCCUGACCUACAGCAACAGCUGCAUCAACCCCUUCCUCUACACGCUGCUGACCCGCAGCUACCGCGACUACUGGCGGGUGCGACGGGCCGGGCGCAGGGCGGCGCCGCGGGCACAGGACGCGGGGCGCUGAGCAGCCAACAGACCUCCACAGGAGCGGCGCCCCCCUGUGGCAAGCCCUGGACACGGCCCUACCUCACCCACUGCCCCAUGAGGACGAUGCAUCAGCCCCCAGCGACCCCUCGACCCCACGCAGCCGGGACCGGAGGAAAAAGGAAUAGGCCCAGCAAGAAACAAGGCGCCAGGACUCCUGGGUUCUCCGCAGCCAGCUGCGCUGGGAGGGAAGGUGGGGGCAGGACUCCUGGGUUCUCCGCAGCCAGCUGCGCUGGGAGGGAAGGUGGGGGCAGGACUCCUGGGUUCUCCGCAGCCAGCUGCGCUGGGAGGGAAGUGGGGGGCAGGACUCCUGGGUUCUCACCCUGGCUCUGGAAGGUGUUGGACCCCUGUGGUACCUUUGGGGACCCCUGUAUGAAAUGGAUGUGGGGGGGAUUCUAUGCUGGGGGGAGGUAACCAGAACCCCUCAGGCACUACCACAGUGGGGGGUCCAUGCCCCCUGUGCCCAGCUCCAGGGAUGUGCUGCCCGCGAGGGAGGUGCCACAAGCCGGCACCGCGUCUGCCUUUGUGGUCCUCAAAGAGAGACACCCCCCCGGGUCCCUCCCCCAGCUGUGCCAGCCCCACCCUGGGCCCACGGAGCUGGGCACGAACCCUGCAGUGCCCAGGGGUUCCAGUGGCUUCUCCCUUGGCCUUGCCAGGCUGGUCCUGCUCUGCUGGGCGAUGGGCUGUGGCUGGCACCAGCCUCCUGCCAGACAGCAAAACCCAGGCACGGGCACAAGGGUUUGGGGGGGGAGCACUGUGAGCCAGGACU